CUUAAAAAAACAUUUGUAAUAACUCACACGUCACAGCCGCGUACAAAACUCGUUUUUCCUAUUCCGUUUGAUUGUUCCUUUUCCUUUUAUGUUAUGCAGCCCGGGGACAAAGUGCCCUCAUCCCGGCGAGAUGAGGGUCUAUCUGUUCCGCAAACUCUUGACAUCUCCCACCGACUUGCAACUGGAAGUGAGCGCGGAGGCAAUCAGCGAGGUGCUUGAUCAGGUCCUCAGUGGACGCACCAGCACAAUCUUCAGCUGUGGCGGCAUACCAAUUAACCAUGGAGCCGAUCCCUCGGAUGUGGUCAGCCGCAUCUUGGGCGAGCUGUUCACCCGCAUUUACGAGUUGGAGACGAACAUGGAGGUGCACGUUUCGGUGCGUUACGUCCAGCUGAACGGGGAGUCGAACGACCUGGUGGUGAACCUCAAGGGAUGCAGUCGCCGGUCGACCCGAGAUCACUUUGUGGCCACGUCCCGCGGGGUACACACCUAUAUCGCGAGGGUCAUGGACAAGGUGGCUGAGGGCGGCGAUUACCCGCACCUGAUCUUCACCGUCCAUGUGAAGCAGACGAAUGGCGAUCAGUUGCGGACAUGUUGCGGCAGACUGCAGCUGGUCCACCUGCAGCAACUGACGGAGGAUUCGCCGCCACUCGAGUCCGACACGCCCCUGGACACGCUCAUCAAUUUGUUCCAGGCACUGGCCAGCAGCCCGAAGACGCACAUUCGGUACUACAACAUUCGACUGACAAGGAUACUCAAUCAACUAAUGGGCAACGGGAGCAGGACGGUGAUAAUCAACUACACGGAUCCGCCGGAGAGUAGGGACCAUCUAGUGGCACCGGCACCCACCCCCUCACCUAACUCCAAUGUCCUCGUGCCCUCCGAAGUGUGGAGAAGAAUGUUAAGGCAGGAGCGGGCUAAAUAUCGCUGCUUGCGGAAUAAGGCUUUGGGAAUAGUGGUGGACAAGGAAGAGCUACUGCGAUUUCUGGAGAGCCUUGAAGCAGGCGAUAGUUCAAAGGAGGACUUUAUGACCUCAGAGAGCGAUUUUGAGCAGCAAUUAGAGCGGAAAAUGCUGGAAAUUCGCUCAGAGGCAGAAAUGUCGAUUGAAAAGCUAAAGGACCUUCAAAUGGACAUAGAUUACUUGACGGAGAGGAACUGCCACUUGGAGCAGCAACUGGACGUAAAAAAUGGUCAACUGAUUAGGCAGAGCAAUCUCUUGCUAUCCGUUCACAUGGAGCUGAGAGGUCAAACGCGAAAGUUCCAGGACAAGAUAGCCGAGUACACGGACAUGUUCCAGGGAAUGUGGCAACGGCAAAGCUUGGAUAUCCAGGACCAUGAGCAAAGGCAGCUUCGCCAGCUGUCCGAAUUGUUUGAAUCCAUGUGCCAGUCAAUGCAGCGUUGGUGGCACAGGAAAGCAAUGCGACUACCACGGCAGGAUGCCGAUGAGCUCUACUCGCGGAAGAGCCCGUUGGAAGACCCUAGUCUAUAGCACUUUGCACUCGGCUCCCAGCGAAGCACCCGCUUAAAGGUCAGCCAGUCAGCCAAGCGUCUUCUUCUUCUGGUUUUGCCAGCACCAAAGCCAUCCGGCUAUCCGGACCAGUCACGAACCAUUUGGAGCCAUCUCACACAUUCCCCAGUGCAGCGCAUCUGACUGUGCCACUUUGCCAUUUAGCUGGCGCGACGGAACCGAGCCAUUGGCUGUCGGCAAGUUCGUUGCCUAAGUCUUUCGUUUGCCCGCCAGUUUUACGCUGGCAUAAAAAAAGUUGCAUAAAAAAAAAAGAUUUUUAUUGAGCACUAUCAAAUUUGCCUACAACAGCAUAAAUUCUAUAUUCUGUAAUGUCUCGCCCUUGUCUGCUGUAUGUGUGCUUUAUGUGCUGCCUAUCUCUUAGUGAAAUCUUAAAAUUGUAGAUUAAUGUAAGUUAGUCAAUUAGAUAAUCGUUUUGGCCAAUAAAAAAACAUUAAAAUUUUUAA